GACGCUGAUUGGUCCCAGCCCCCACGCACGUCCCGGCUGAGGCCGGCGCUAGCGUCACGGACGGGUUUAUCCUCCCCGCCCUGCCUCUCGCUGAUUGGCUAAGUGUUUCCUCUGUGCUCUCAGCUCAUUGGUGAGUGGCGUCCUCAGUCCCCGCCGGGCCCUCCGCGGCGUCAGAUUUCCGGGGGAGCGAAGGGGAAGCGUUGGUCUCGGGCCGGAAGUUGUCCUCGCUCGCGCUCCGGCCGUUGCCCGUCGCGCUCCGUGUCCGUUGCUGCCAUGGCCGAGUUCGAUCUGUUCGGCGCGCCGCCCGCCCAGCCGCUGGCGGGAGACAGCCCGGGCGUGGGCAACGGGGCGCUGAGCGGCGGCGAGGAGGACCCGGCCGCCGCCUUCCUGGCCCAGCAGGAGAGCGAGAUCGCGGGCAUCGAGAACGACGAGGGCUUCAGCAUCCUGGAGAGCGGCGAGGUGCCGGCGGGGCUGCAGGGCCACGGCGGGCCCUCGCCGGAUGCUGUCGAUGGGGUGAUGAAUGGAGAGCUCUAUCAGGAGAGCAAUGGGCCAACAGACUGCUAUGCCGCUAUUUCACAUGUGGAUCGACUGCAGUCAGAACCAGAGAGUAUCCGUAAAUGGAGAGAGGAGCAAAAGGAACGCCUAGAAGUCCUUGAUGCUAACUCUCGAAAGCAGGAAGCAGAAUGGAAAGAGAAGGCGAUAAAGGAGUUGGAAGAAUGGUAUGCAAGGCAAGAUGAACAGCUACAGAAAACAAAAGCCAACAACAGGGCAGCUGAAGAAGCCUUUGUGAAUGAUGUGGAAGAAACUUCCCCAGGCACUGAGUGGGAACGUGUGGCUCGGCUCUGUGACUUUAAUCCCAAGUCUAGUAAGCAGGCAAAAGAUGUGUCCCGCAUGCGCUCCAUCCUUAUUUCACUCAAGCAGGUUCCACUGGUUCGCUGAAGGAAAAGCACAAUGAAAACACUACAAAUGCAAUAUCUUAACCUUACUCAGAGAAGCUGUGUUUGCAGUAAUUGGAUUAAUUAUGUUUAAAUGUGUUUUUUGGACCAAACCUCAUGAAGUAUCUAGAGUUGAUCAUUGUUUGUGAUUGCAUGUUCUUCCUCAUGUUUCCUUCCUCUGUCCCAAAUGGGAGGAGAGAACCUCCAGAACUGUAGUCUCUCUGUACUCUUGUGCACUGAGAUGUCACUUUCAACUGUACUGGUAUUAAAGGUCUGUUAAAGAGUUA